GCUCCUCCCAUACCAGAAGUAAAACUUGUUUACUUUAGGGUACUUUUUAAAAAUAUACCCUCAAGCAAACCAUUCGUCUUCUUAUUUUACUCUGAGAAACCCUGCUGGUUGUUAAACAAAAGUUCCCUUAUAGCGAAAACUCAGGGUUAAGAGUUCAGAUGACCACAUUUUGGCACUACAUACAGCUUUAUGGCUAACUGUGACUGCUCUGACUGUAGCUGAUUACUUACCAGUAGGAUCAAAUACUCCUUGGUCUGGCUUUUUAACCUUGCAUGCAGGGUGCUCUUCUUUAUUCACUUGUGGUCGGGCUAAGGCAAACAGAACCAGCAUGUUUGGCCAGCAGGCAGAUCGGGUCAUGGCCCUCGGUGAAUGGGAAGAAUACUGGCAACGGAACGAAAUUGGCUUCCAUCAGCCCCAAGUGCACAAGAUACUGAAGAACAAUAUCGACAAAGUUCUCAAUGGACGAAAAGGAGUUCGCUUCUUCUUCCCUCUGUGUGGGAAAGCAGUAGAUAUGAAGUGGCUAGCAGACAUGGGCCAUUCAGUGGUUGGAGUGGAGAUUUCUGAAAAGGCUAUUCGUCAGUUUUUUGAGGAGAACAACAUGACGUACACUGAGGAGCCUGUGCCUGCUAUACCUGGAGCAAAGGUUUACAAGAACUCUGAGAAAAACAUCUCCCUGUAUCAGUGUGACCUGUACGCCUUCUCCAGUUCCAUUGAUGGCCAGUUUGGAGCAAUUUGGGACAGGGGCUCUCUCGUGGCUAUCAACCCAGCAGACAGAGAGAAGUAUGCAGCUCUCAUUAUUUCUCUGAUGGCCAAAGACUGCAGAUACCUCCUGGAGACUCUUUUGUACAAUCCUGAUUUAUAUGAAGGUCCUCCUUUUUUUGUACCUGAUGAGCAGCUACACAGUCUGUUUGGAAGCAGCUGUGACAUAGAGUUGCUGCAGUCAGUGGAUGCCAUGACAGACCUACAGCGACAGUGGGGGCUGGAUAAAUUUACUCAAAAUGCGCACCUCAUCACUCCGAAGAGCAGCUAAAGACUAGGAUCCCAGUUUAAAGAGCUUAAGAAAGCCGAUCCUGGUGAAGGAAAUCCUAGCGAGAAAAGUAAAGUGCUAAAUGAGUUUUUUUCAGUUCCUGAAAGUCUUUAAAAAUAAUACUUUUAAAAUGGAACAAAAUGUUUAUAAUACCUCAGUUAUUAUACACUUUAAAUAGGUUAAUAAAUAACUUAUAAAACAUU